AGGGCUCAAAAAGCGACGGGAAACGAGAAAGAGACGGGAAACGAUAAAGAAACGGGAAACGAUAAAGAAACGGGAAACGAUAAAGAAACGGGAAACGAGAAAGAGGCGGGAAACGAGAAAGAGGCGGGAAACGAGAAAGAGGCGGGAAACGAUAAAGAAACGGGAAACGAGAAAGAAACGGGAAACGAGAAAGAGGCGGGAAACGAUAAAGAAACGGGAAACGAGAAAGAGACGGGAAACGAUAAAGAAACGGGAACGAGAAAGAAACGGGAAUCGAUAAAGAAACGGGAAACGAGAAAGAGGCGGGAAACGAUAAAGAAACGGGAAACGAGAAAGAGACGGGAAACGAUAAAGAAACGGGAAAGGAUAAAGAGACGGGAAACGAUAAAGAAACGGGAAACGAUAAAGAAACGGGAAACGAGAAAGAGGCGGGAAACGAUAAAGAAACAGGAAACGAGAAAGAGACGGGAAACGAUAAAGAAACGGGAAAGGAUAAAGAGAUGAGAAGCGAGGAAGAGAGGGUGAGAAAAGCUAUGUGAUUUGUCUCUCUGAAAAACACAAGGGGAGAUAGAAAGGGGGAAUGAAAAAUCAAACAAAACCAAUGAAAGAAAGAAACUAUAGGAUAAUAGAAGCAGUUAAUAGUAACAGAGUUAAAAGAGAUGAAAAUUAUAAAUUGCGAUAAAGAGUUGGCUAUUCAUCUUUUCUUUUUGUAAAAGAGAAAGCAUCGAAAAAGGGAGCCUCAAUCCGAAGAAACUAUUUCUUCAAAAAUUGUUUCCAGGAAUAGAAAAAGCCUUCUCGUUUUUAAGAAAUUUAAUUCAUGAGAUUCACAACUAUUAGCAAAGGUCAAGCCGACAAAUGGAUAUUUUCAAUUUAUGAACACCAGCCCAUAAAGGAAAAUUCCUAUAAAUGAUUCUUCUCAUAAUUAACAAUUGCAAAUAAAAAACAACUAAGAUGGACAUCAAGAAGCAACCUCUAGGAAACAUACUAAAACAGUCAAUAAUGAACAAAUAGUUUUGUCCUUAAGUAAUGUAGAGGCAACCUACAGACAAUGUUCGCCUCCCCACUAGCGACAAUAGAUCUGGUCCCAAAAAAAAUGUCUGCUAUAGCAAAGUUUCAGAGUAUAAUGACAUACCUGCUCAAUUAGAAUAUCGCCAAUUACUUCAACUACAUUGUCCGUCGACAUUUCUUUUCGCUUCAUCAACGCCCUUCGAAAAUUUAAUUUAUUUGAGUUUAGAUCAUAAUCUUCAAUUCUUUGCUGGUAUUAAGUAAGAAAAUGUUUGUGAAACAAAUUUAAUGUUUUUGAACGCAUUCCUCUCGUCUCAAGACAAAAUACGUCCUUUUGCGUCACACUGCAAUCUGUUUCAACACAAUCUAACACAAUCUUAAAAUCUUUGCUAAAUGUAAAAUGGACAGAAAAGUACUCACUCUAAUAGCUUCAUAUUACAGAAAACAACUUCCUUUAAGUUUAUGAAAACUGUCCUCAAUUCAUCUUCUGAUAGAAUACCAGCAUCUGCCAUAGGUUUGUAGAAAACCUGUGGCAAAAAUAAUUGCACUUUAACUAAGAGAUAGAUGAAGACUAAUUAGAAAUAUGGAGCAUGUGCUUGAUGUUUGAGUGCUUGUAGCAAAUAGGUAAAUUAUAAGGAAUACAGGCGUGAAACACUAAUCGACACUGAUAUGCCAUUCUCUAGUGGGAAAAAUUUUGGAUGAAAUAGCCAAGAAUAAGAAUUUGGAAGUUCAUUUUUAUCAAAAAAUUCUUUUUUUGUUUUUCGAAAAUAUUUGAAAACUUGUUCAAAACCUUUCCAAAUAUAAUUACUGCAAGAACUUUGCGAAGGCAAAAAAUAAUUCGAAGAAUGUGUUAAAGAAAUGGGUUAAAGUACUGGAAAUUUUUUGAGGCCACAAAGAAUAUUUUCUUACAAAAGUAAAGAAAUAAAAUUCUAAAUUGUUGGAAUAUAACAUAAGAUUUAAAAAACUUGUGCAAAAUUUUUUCCAAAUUUAAUUUGGAUUUUGAAAUAAACACGAAGAUGAGCAAAAUUCCAUACCUCCAGUGUAGCUUUCAGAUCAUAAAUGUAGUUUCUUUCGGUGUUGAUUAACUCGUGAAUAUGGUUCUGAAAGAUAAAAUACCUUUGUUGAUAAAAUAGGGCAAAACAAAUAAACAUAAACAUAAAAAAAGUCUCCUACAAACAGAUUCCCAGGCCCUUC